ACAGUGGCAACAGCGGCGCUUCGCACCGAGCUGGAGGGGCCGAGAGGCCGGACGCCUGAAGCACGAGAGAAAGCCGAGAGACAGUCUCGCGUGUGCCAUGAGCUGCAGCUCUUCCUGCGGAGCGUCUAUCCGUUGUCAUUUGGUCUAGUCUUGAAACCUCGGGACGAGCCGCGAUGGCGUCGUCGAUGCCGCGCUCGUUGCUUUCCGUGUCGUCACUCCUCUGCCUCUUCUUCGCGUUGGCAUGUGCGGCUCCUGCGAAUCUUGUUCUUACCAAAGUCGAUCGCAAGAUUGACUUGAGUUCGCAAAUCGUGAGGUCUACCACCCAAAUCAGGGUUGAGAACAAGGGCUCAGAUCCUGCUUCAGAGCUUUUACUGGCUUUGAACUCAGCGCAGGCUAAAAGUCUGUCUUACCUGAGGGUCACAACAUCUGAAGGCAAGGGCAAGAGUAAAUCUCAAGCAAUCGUACUUCGUGUACUUCCAGCUGAAGCCCAAAGUCCUGCCAAUGUCACCUUUUAUUCUGUACAACUGCCGAAGUCCUUGAACAAAGGAGAGACUGUUGCUCUCGAUAUCUACUCAGCAUUCACUCAUCUGUUGACCCCGUACCCUGUGGAGAUUGGACAAUCUGAUGUCCAGCUUGUACUUUUCCAUGACAGUGCACACUUCCUCUCUCCUUACCCAGUGAAGGUGCAAGCAACCGCCAUGAAAGUUCCAAGCUUUCGUGUCGAGUCUUUCACUAAAGUUGAGCCAAGCAAAAUAUCCGAUGGAGAAAUUAGGUACGGCCCUUAUGAGAAUGUGCCUGCCCUCUCUUAUAUGCCAAUUACGGCCCACUUCGAAAACAAUGAACCCUUUGCCGUUGUCAAGGAAUUGGAACGUGAGAUUGAAAUUUCUCAUUGGGGUAACAUCUACAUCACGGAGAAAUACCAUCUGACACACGCUGGUGCACGCCACAAAGGUGGCUUCUCAAGAUUUGACUAUCAGUCAAAACCCAGUGCUAGUGGUGCAUCUUCUUUCCGCCACCUGCUUGCUAGGCUGCCUCCUCGUGCCCACUCCGUCUAUUACAGGGAUGAAAUUGGAAAUAUUUCCACAUCUCAUUUGCGAAGUGACUUGCGGAAGACUGAGUUGGAACUGGAGCCACGUUAUCCUCUCUUCGGAGGGUGGCAGGUUACCUUCACCAUUGGUUACGGAAUCCCUCUACAAGACUUUGUAUUCAAGGCAGAAGACGGUAGACGAUUUCUCAACAUCACUUUCGGCUCCCCAUUCGUUAACGUUGUCGUCGACAACCUUGUUGUGAAGGUCGUUCUACCGGAAGGAUCUACAGAGGCGUCUGCCACUUUGCCUUUCGCGGCGGAGGAAGCUCUCCGGACCAAGUAUACAUACUUGGACACUGUUGGACGUCCAGUUGUCGAGCUUACCAAGAAGAACGUUGUACCAGAACACAAUGUGCACUUCCAGGUUCACUAUCGAUUCAGCUCAGUCGCAAUGCUCGCGGAGCCUCUGCUUCUUGUCGUGGGCUUUUUUGCCUUUUUUGGGGCAUGUAUUGCCUACACUCAUUUUGACUUCUCAAUCUCCAAGUCCUCAUCUUCUUACCAGGCUCGGCAACAACGCGAAGAGGUCUUGGACGCAGUUCAACGUAUCCAGAAAGUGAUGAAUGAGCGAGCAGCCACCAGUGACAAACUUGAAGCGUCCCUUCGUGAUCUUGCCCGUACCGGGAAUGUUGCCACUUGCAAAGCUGCGCGUAAGGAAGCUGAUGCAAAGCUGAAAGAUACCAACAAAGACCUCAAGGCAAUUCUUGACUCUCUUCCAGCAUCAUCUCGAUCAACUGUACUUGCCAAGGUCGACACUUUAAUGCAAAAGGAGCGUGAGAAGCAAGAAAAGUUGCAACAAAAGCACACAGUGACUGUGGAAGCCUACGAGAAGAAGUUGAGUAGCAAGGAGAUUGACAGUCGAGUUGCACCUUAUCAACAGAAGCUUACUGCUCUUAAGCAGGAAGUGGCAGAGCUCUUUCACUUGUUAGAUGAUUAGAAUGGUGUAAUAUUCUGCUUUAUCUCAAUAACGGCACUAGUUAUCCAGGUCAAGGUAUUCAUGUUCAAUUUUGGAAAGGAGCUACAUUUUUCCCCUGGGAGUGGUGCUCAGGGCAGAGGUAGGUGUUACCUUGAGGGUCGUGCCAAAGUGGCCGGAUAUGGGAAAGUGAAUACGUGUAAACUGUCUGUGGGUUGAUGCAUUAGUUGAGGGGAAAGAAAUCACCGAGUUAAAAGCGAUCGGUCCAGGGUGUAUCGAUGUUGAGCAUUAUGAAUGUAGAGCAGAUGAGGGCACACCAGUAAUGAAGAAGUCAGUUUCAAAAAUGAGCUCUUUCACUUUUUUGAGAUUGUCGAGUUUUCCUCAUAAUGAACCCUUUUUCGGGUUGAACCUUGGCUGUCGUAUUUUCUAGUUGUGGAUUCUUACAAGGCAUUUAUCCUGUCUUCUUGCAAGUGUAGGCACUCGAAUGCCCCC